GGGAGGGGUCAGGGGAGGGCAGGAGCGCGCCCGCUGACAUGUUGGGGGCAUCCCUGACCGGGCAGGGCCGGGGCUAAGAAGCAGCGCUGCGGGCCGGGGGCGGGUCGCGGUCCGCCCCUCCGUCCCUCCGUCCUGCCCUGCCGGGGACCUGCGUUCCGCACUCGGUCGGCCUCGGAGCGGGAGCGAGGGAAGCGGCGGGGGAGGGUCGGGGAGAAGGAGCAUUCGCCCGAGGCUGGAGGAGGCUGACCCGCGUCCCCGCCCAGCCCGCGCCUAUGCGGUACUUGAAGGAUGGCGAAGAGGUCGCGCAGUGAGGAUGAGGAUGAUGACCUUCAGUAUGCUGAUCAUGAUUAUGAAGUACCACAACAAAAAGGGUUGAAGAAACUCUGGAACAGAGUAAAAUGGACAAGAGACGAGGAUGACAAGUUAAAGAAGUUGGUUGAACAACAUGGAACUGAUGAUUGGACUCUAAUUGCUAGUCAUCUUCAAAAUCGUUCUGAUUUUCAGUGCCAACAUCGGUGGCAGAAAGUUUUAAAUCCAGAAUUGAUAAAGGGUCCCUGGACUAAAGAAGAAGAUCAGAGGGUUAUUGAAUUAGUUCAGAAAUAUGGACCAAAAAGAUGGUCUUUAAUUGCAAAACAUUUAAAAGGAAGAAUAGGCAAGCAGUGUAGAGAAAGAUGGCAUAAUCAUCUGAAUCCUGAGGUAAAGAAGUCAUCCUGGACAGAAGAGGAGGACAGGAUUAUCUAUGAGGCACAUAAGCGGUUGGGAAAUCGUUGGGCAGAAAUUGCCAAACUACUUCCUGGAAGGACUGAUAAUUCUAUCAAAAAUCAUUGGAAUUCUACUAUGCGGAGAAAAGUGGAGCAGGAAGGCUACUUACAAGAUGGAAUAAAAUCAGAACGAUCUUCAUCUAAACUUCAACACAAACCUUGUGCAACUAUGGACCAUUUGCAAAGCCAGAAUCAAUUUUACAUACCUGUUCAGAUCCCAGGCUAUCAGUAUGUAUCACCUGAAGGCAAUUGUGUAGAACAUGUUCAGGCUUCUUCUGCCUUUAUUCAGCAACCCUUUGUAGAUGAAGAUCCUGAUAAGGAAAAAAAAAUAAAGGAACUUGAGUUGCUUCUUAUGUCGGCUGAGAAUGAAGUUAGAAGAAAACGAUUUCCAUCACAACCUGGAGGCUUUUCUAGCUGGCCUGGUAGUUUCCUCAUGGAUGACAGCAUGUCUAAUACUCUAAAUACCUUCGAGGAGCAUGCUAGUGAGUUUUACAGUAUGGAUGAAAAUCAGACUAUGUCUGCUCAGCAGAACUCACCUACAAAGUUCCUGGCCGUGGAGGCAAAUGCUGUGCUGUCCUCUCUACAGACCAUCCCAGAAUUUGCAGAAACUCUCGAACUUAUUGAAUCUGAUCCUGUAGCAUGGAGUGAUGUUACUAGCUUCGAUCUUUCUGAUGCUGCUGCUUCGCCUGUCAAGUCCACCCCAGUUAAACUAAUGCGAAUCCAGCACAAUGAAGGCGCCAUGGAAUGUCAGUUUAACGUCAGUCUUGUACUCGAAGGGAAAAGAAACGGUUGUAAUGGGGCAGACAGCGAGGCUGUUCCUUUAACCUCCCCAAGUGUGGCUAAGUUUAGCACUCCACCAACCAUCCUCAGAAAGAAGAGAAGAAUGCGAGUGGGCCAGUCCCCGGGCAGCGAGCUUGGCGACAGCUCAUUCAACGACGGUGGUCACACAGCACUAAAGCACACACCGGUGAAAACACUACCAUUUUCUCCUUCACAGUUUUUCAACACAUGUCCUGGAAAUGAACAAAUUAAUAUUGAAAAUCCUUCAUUCACAUCAACCCCUAUUUGUGGGCAGAAGGUUCUCAUUACAACUCCUCUUCAUAAGGAAACAACCCCCAAAGAUCAAAAGGAAAAUGUAGGGUUUAGAACACCUACUAUUAGAAGAUCUAUAUUGGGCACCACACCAAGGACUCCUACUCCUUUUAAGAAUGCGCUUGCUGCUCAGGAGAAAAAAUAUGGACCUCUUAAAAUUGUGUCACAGCCACUUGCCUUCUUGGAAGAAGAUAUUCGGGAAGUUUUAAAAGAAGAAACUGGAACAGACAUAUUCCUCAAAGAGGAAGAUGAACCUGCUUACAAAAGCUGCAAGCAAGAGCAUAGUGCUUCUGUCAAGAAGGUCAGAAAAUCACUAAUCUUAGAUAAUUGGGAAAAAGAAGAACCAGGUACUCAACUGUUAAAUGAAGACCUUUCAGACUUGCAGUCAGAAAAUAUAUUUACAACAUCUUUAUUAAUGAUACCAUUAUUGGAAAUACAUGACAAUAGGUGCAACUUGACUCCUGAAAAACAAGAUAUAAAUUCAACCAACAAAACAUAUACACUUAAUAAAAAGAAACCAAACCCUAACACUUCCAAAGUUGUCACAUUGGAAAAGAAUCUUCAGUCAACUUGUGAAUGGGAAACAGUGGUUUAUGGGAAAACAGAAGACCAACUUAUCAUGACUGAACAAGCAAGAAGAUAUUUGAGUACUUACACAGCUACAGGCAGCACUUCAAGAGCUCUCAUACUGUGAUUGUUACUAAGACUGAUGAAAUGUCCCCACUCCCUUACUAGAUUCUAUACUAAGUUAGGCUGCAAUGAAAUAUUUUUGUUGAUUGUUUUUAAAGUUUUAAAACAGCCCUAAAACGGUUUGUAUCCUUUUUCAUAUUGGGCAACCAAAAAGCUAGGCACUUAACUAAGGGGUAGGCAAUUUCAUAGUUUAUUUUUUUAAGACAUGAGAUUUUUAAAAAUUGUUUUUAAAGAACAAGAUGGGGAAAUCAUAUUAGAAUGUUCAAGGGUCCGGGAGCCGUGGCUUACCCCAGCCCUCGCCAGCGGAACCUAGAAUGUUCAAGGAUAUUCUGAAAGUAAAUUCUCACAUCUUUUCUUCAGAAGAUAUAUGUUGCUACUCUCCUGAUGCUGCAGUUUUGUUAUAGAUAGGUCUUAUGAGUAUGUGUGAUUUCUGAAAUUAGUCUCUAUACAGAAAGCACACAUGGCCUUAUGAAGUACUUUUGCCUAUCUGCUGAUUUACUUAGGCUACCAUUUACAGAGAAACACAGUGGGAAGGCAUUUAAAAGAAUAAAAGUUGCACUACUAAUUUUUGGUAUUUUUCAAAAAUAGUAAAAUUAACUACAGUGUUAAAUGUAUUUAUUUGAGCGUAGUCCUCAAAACAAAAGGCAUUGCAAAAAUGUUUUUUCCUUAUUGGUAAAGAGUCAGUAUUUUCUCCAUAAAUCUCAGAAGAGCUGAGAGUUUUGUUGAAUGUAUUGUACAGUAUGUAGGAGCAGGAAAACUGUAAAUUGGAAAGAAAUCUGUUUUUAUAAUUUAUUUUCAUUUUUAAAGCUUAAAUGUAGAUAUUUAAACCUAUACAGGGUGUCUAGAAGCCAAUGUUGUUUCCUGUUAUUACAGAUAACAUAGUAAAGAACAAUUUUGACUUUUAAGUAUGAAACAGUAGUAAGUUAUAGCUGCAAAGAAUUCAGUAUCUAUACUGUAUGUCACAUCUACCUAAAUAUUGCACUAUGUCCUUUAAAUCAUGUUGGUUAUAAAGUAGUUCUAAAAAUAUACUAAAUAAUAAUUUAAUAUUUUCUUUUUAAAUUAUAUGGGGGGUCAUAUAAAUUAAUCUGGUGAUUUGUAUAUUUGUUUGAAAUUUUUGCAUUUUGUUUAAAAAAAUAAUAUGGUACUUUGGUCCCUAAAAACAGUCUGCACUUAGAAGUUUAUUAUAUUUACUCAAUGUUUAAGAAGUAGAGAACAUUAUCUUUUAUUUAUAAAAAUAUUUGUCCUUUUAUAAAUGUUUUGUGUUUCUCUACAGGUUACAACAGUUGCUUCAGUUGCCUGUUUUAGGUGUUUGCACUUACUUUAUUUCUUCUUGAAAGAAUGUCUUUAUUUGCUUUUGUGUAGAGAUUUUAUGUAAUUUUUUGAAACAUAUAAUGGUAUGCUGUCAACUUAAACACUGACAGGUAAAUAGAAUUGUACACUGUAGUUGUAAUUAUUCGUAAUUGACACACUCUCUCCCUCUCCACUCCUGAAGUAUGCUGCUAUAGAAAAUAGCAGAGUCGGCUUGCUGCUAUGAGAGAAGGAAAGAGCGACCACCACUUGCACUGUGUGAAAACAUAAAAAGUAUGAUGAUGGCAAGUUCUCAAGUUAACUUAAUGGAAUCAACCAUUACCAGGCAAAUUCUUGCAAAUACCAAAAUGCUCUGCCUUAAAACAAAAACAGCUUAAGAUUCUCUGUUGAUGGAAAUGGAAAUACGAAGUAUUUUAAUGCCUAGCUUUUGAACAGUAGACCUAAAAGGAUUUUAAGCUAUUUAAAUCUACUUGCUCAUUUUUGCAUAUUAUAUGUAGUGAGAAGUGAAGAAAAUGUGUGGUACUAAGAUUAUGCCUUGUUGAUAACAAAUAGAUGAACCAAUUUGAAUCUUCCUAGCAUGUUUGUUAAGUAUGUUGAUUGCUUCCUAAUUAAUGAACUUCUCACAGAAAUUUCACUUUGUAAAACCAAUGAUUAUAGCAAAAUCAUACUGGAUCAUUUCAAUUUCAGUUACCUUGAACUAAUAGCACAUAAUGGUUCCCUUUUAUCUUUUCUUUUUUUUAAUGUAGCCCUUGGCUGGUUUGGAUGUACAUAGUCUCCAAUUACCAAAGUAUAAUAUCUUAGAAGAGCUAUAUUUUUUUAAAGCAUAGUUUUUCUUGAGCAUUAAAUUAUCCCACAUGUAAUAUAUUGCAGAUAAGCUUGGGAUUUUUGGACAUAGUACAUGUUUCGGUUGGUAUUGGUUGAAUCCUCCAGUUAACUGCUUUGUUGCUUUUUGCAAGAAGAUUUUUUAAUCUUAAACAUGUCAGGCAUCUUAAAUCACCUUUUAUACUGUUGUGUUCAAUUUGAAUUUCUUUCAGUAUGUUAAAAAUGCCAGACAUAACAUGUAGCAGCCAUACUUGCAUGGACACUGACUACACAUAUAAUACUGCAUUUUGUUGUAAGGUUUUCGCAUUAAUACAGCCAUUACCCUGACUAAAUUGAGUUUUUUGAUGUAUGGGAAAAAACUUUCCAUUGUAAGAGAAUCUUGCAUACAAUGUUGACUGUUAACAUCCAAAAUAAAGCAUCUGUGUACAAGCUGA